AUGCGGCUCCGGCGCGGCCCGCUCCUGGCGGUUCUGUGCCUCGGUACCGCCCUGCCCUUGCUGUGGUCCACGGCGUGGGAGGGGAACCGAGGAAAUGACUCAGACACAUUCCAAAGCCAGUUUCUGGAACUUCAGCAAAGACUACUGGAUGCUGAAAAGGAAAAUAAAAAAAGAUCACAUGAACUGAGCCAUGUCCUGGAUGAACUUAAACAUGUAGUUGCAAAAAGGAUGAACUUUACAAGAAAUGAUACAGGGGGGUGGAAAGAAUUAAACCUCACCAGAAGACUCCCCAUCCACCUUACAAACAUUUACUACUAUCUACCUCACCUUCGAGAAUAUGAAGAUGCCAUUUUCCCAAAUGUUAUUUUUGGGCAACAGAGAACUGGAGUGUCACUGGUGAUGGGUAUUCCUACUGUGAAAAGGAAAAAAGAGGAUUACCUGAUUAACACACUGCAGUCCCUUCUGUAUGAACUGUCUGAAGAACAGAAGAACAGCUGCUUAAUAAUCAUCUUUGUAGCAGAGGUGAAUGCAGAAUAUGUUAACAGUGUUGCAGAAAGUGUUAAAACCAGCUUCCCCAGAGAAAUCCAGUCUGGAGUCCUAGAGGUUAUUUCUCCUCCUGCUUCUUAUUAUCCAGAUCUUUCCAACCUGAAGAAAACUCUUGGGGAUUCAGAGAACAGAGUAAGGUGGAGAACAAAACAGAAUUUGGAUUAUAGCUUUUUAAUGCUAUAUGCCCAGCCAAAGGGAACAUUUUAUCUACAGCUAGAAGAUGACAUUAUAGCCAAGUCAGAUUAUGUUGAAAGCAUAAAAAACUUUGCUGCUAAACAGACCCAAGAGUGGAUGAUUCUUGAGUUUUCCCAACUUGGAUUUAUUGGAAAAUUGUUUAAAUCAGAAGAUUUGCCACUCAUAGUGGAAUUUUUUCUCAUGUUCUAUAAAGAUAAGCCCAUAGACUGGCUUAUUGACCACCUGCUCUGGGUUAAAGUGUGCAAUCCAGAAAAGGAUGCAAUACACUGUGAAAAGGAAAAGGACAAGUUACGUAUCCGAGCUAAACCAUCUCUCUUCCAGCAUGUGGGGAUUUAUUCAUCAUUGGCUGGGAAGAUACAGAAUUUGAAAGAUAAAGAUUUUGGCAAAAACGUGCUAUAUAAAGCACAUAAUAAUCCACCUGCAAAAGUGAAUACAAGCCUAAGAAUAUACCAUCAACACACCUUGGAAAAAGUUUACAAAGGAAAAGACUAUUUUUGGGCUUUAUCUCCAGUGGCAGGGGACUACAUCAGCUUCACAUUUUUAAAUCCUCUAAAAGUUGAAAAAUACUUCUUCAGAAGUGGAAACAUGGAACACCCGGGUGAUAAACUGUUUAACACUACUGUGGAAGUGUUGCCAGCAGAUGAAAUCCUGAAAAAAGAACUGGUUGACAAUGGGAGUAAAUUUAACUACCCAGCCACCAAAGAUGGAUAUUUAAAAAUAGGAGCUUUUGAAAAUGGAAUUGCAGGAGGCAGUGUUGAUCAGUCAUUAGGAAAGAUCCAGGCUCUUCGUUUAUCAGUCAGUUCUGAUUCUCCUGUAUGGGUGAUACUCAGUGAGGUUCUUAUCAAGACUUCUGAAAACUGA